GGUGACACCCUGUAGAGAAAGUGCGUGGGCUUCACGUCUGAGUGUGAGUCACAGCUGACACAAGGUGUUCUCUUCAAGAACAUAUUUGUAACAAUACCAAUUAAUAAUACUCGGUUUGCGAUAAGACAACGUCGAGGACGAGGAUCUCUUCCCCCCCGGACAGUGGUUGACACCCAACGAUGAUGAUCCGUCAUCGGUUUUAGGAACCGGCAAAUCGCAAACGGCAACGACAAUGGCGACUGUCAAAGUGACGGAGCAGAAGGUUAUCCUGUGCGGCGAGUACGGCGUCGGGAAAACGUCGAUAUUCCGACGUUUCGCCAACAACACGUUCGUCGCGAGCAACGACCGUAAGUCGACCCUGGGUCUCGACAACAUCGACAAGGAGUACGUCGUCGAGGACAGACGGAUACGGCUGCAACUAUGGGACACCGGAGGCAUGGAGAGAGUGGCGUCCGUCACGUCGAGUUAUUACAAGUUCGCGGAGGCCGCCAUCCUGGUUUUCGCCCUGGAUAACUCGACGUCGUUUCACUUGCUGUCCCAACAUCUGCUCGACAUAGUCACUUACGCGGAAAACGCCAAGAUAUUUCUCUGCGGCAACAAGAGCGACCUGGAGAGCGUCGCGCCGCAAGUCACGGACGCGGAGAUGGAACAGUUCUGCGAACAGUGUCACAAUCUGAUAUCGGGCAUAUACAAAACGUCGUGCAAAACCGGCGAGGGAGUGAACGAGAUGUUCGAGGACAUAGCUCAGCAUCUGGUCGAGGCCAAUCGAUCGCGAAUGGAGCUUCACGAGAUGGACAAGGAUCGGUUCAAGAUCUCGUACAUCGACGAGGCGACGGAUCCCUCGUGCUUGUGUUAACUUAGCGAAUUGUAAGAAAAAAAAAAAAGAAUGUUCGCACAACACAAAUCGGAACACUCGUCGACUCUCCUAUGAGGGAGAAUCGCCCGAGGAGAAUUAAUCCACACGAGAGAGUGAUAUAUAUAUAUAUAUAUAAUAAUAUACGUAUAUAUAUAUACGUAAUUAACGUGCAUACAUUUUUAUACAACAAAUAGCGGCGCUGUGUGUGAAUCAGGAAGGUCAGGUCCAAGAAACUAAAACUAAAAAAAAAAAAAAA